AUGGGUAAAUUAACGCAACUUUUAGCUCAUCCUGUAGAGCUCAAGGCUGCAUUAAAGUUGAAGUUUAUCCGGAAACCACUUUAUUCCCUUGACGAUACCAGGGCUUCCCCAGAACUGAAAAGAUGCUUUGAAUUGCUAGACCUCACGUCGCGUUCAUUUGCUGCGGUUAUUAUGGAAUUGCAUCCGGAAUUGCGUAAUGCCAUCAUGCUGUUCUAUCUCAUUUUGAGAGCACUCGACACUGUGGAAGAUGACAUGACAAUAGACCCAGAGGUCAAAAUCCCGCUGUUACGUGAGUUUGACUCAAAACUGGAUCUUCAGGAUUGGUCAUUUGACGGCAACGCGCCUACGGAAAAAGAUCGGUGCGUUUUGGUUGAGUUUCCUUGCAUAUUGAAGGAGCUGCACAAACUGAAACCCGAAUAUCAAAAGGUCAUCAAGGACAUUACCCGCCAAAUGGGUAACGGAAUGGCGUCCUACAUUUUGGACGAAAAUUUCAACCUAAACGGUGUCUCGACUAUCGAGGAUUACAACCUGUACUGUCACUAUGUUGCAGGCGUUGUUGGGGACGGCUUAACACAAUUGAUUGUGCUAGCCAACUUCGGUACCAAGGACCUAUACGCUGAAUCGGCCCAAACUUUCGAGAGCAUGGGUCUCUUUUUGCAGAAAACAAACAUCAUCAGAGAUUAUGCCGAGGAUCUUGAAGAUGGCCGCUCUUUUUGGCCCAAAGAAGUGUGGUCCCUUUACGCGGACAAACUGGUGGAUUUCUCCAAACGUGAAAACACGAAGGCCGGUGUCCAUUGUAUCAAUCAUCUUGUUCUCAACGCUCUUUCACAUAUCGAAGAUGUGCUAUUGUACCUAAGCUCCGUGCACGAACAAUCCACUUUCCAAUUCUGUGCUAUCCCUCAAGUGAUGGCUAUUGCCACGCUUGCGUUGGUCUUCAACAACCCCACCGUGUUGCACAAGAACGUGAAGAUCAGAAAAGGUACAACCUGUUACCUCAUCCUAAAAUCCAGAACUUUCCGUGGAUGCGUCGAAAUCUUCCAAUACUAUGUGCGUUAUAUCAAGAGAAACCUCCCCGUGGAGGACCCCAACUACCUCAAAAUCAAUAUCAGGAUUGGUAGAAUAGAACAGUACAUCGAAGGGAUGUAUCAAGAGCAACUGCCUGCCGGAGUCGCGCCCAACAAAACAUUGAUUUACGAGAAGGUUCAAGAAAGAUCUGUUUGCGAUGCCAAGAUCGCUUCCAAGCUAACAGACGAGGAAUAUCAAUUUAACAUGACCCUCACCAUGUUUUUGACCGUCGCAGCGGCGAUAAUCUGCUAUGUGAAGUAG